AUGAAUAUUGACAUUAGAAAUCUGUUUUUAUCACCUGCACCACCAGGACCAAUCGUCCCGGUACAUGAACUUUUUAGGACAGGCCUUAUCAUCACCCUGUUUAUCGUAACGCUUUUAGCUUGUUCGUUUGCAUUAUUACUUCGGCGUAUAGCGAAUACAACCACCGGUUUCUGGCCAGUACUUUCUCUGAUUUCUGUAUUUGGUGGUGGUGUAUUUUUGGCGACAUGUCUUUUAGACCUGUUACCGGACGCAAAGGAAAGUCUUGGAAAAAUUGAAAAAAUGCAGAAGAUCAUUUAUUCCUAUCCAGUUAUGGAAAUAUUAGUAGCCUUUGGGUUUCUGAUGGUGCUUUCAAUUGAACAGAUUACUGUAUUUAUCCGAGAAAAACAAUGGCAUGGUUCCACAGAUAUGGGCAAUUUAAUUACGGGACAUCACGAUCACAAUGAACUAAAUUCUGAACUCUUAAAUUCUUACUCAGAAUACGAAAGUGAAAAUAACCAACAGUUAUUGACGCAGUCUCAAUCAACGGUACGAGUUGUUUUGCUAGUGAUGGUACUAUCAUUGCAUGCUGUGUUUGAAGGCCUAUCAUUAGGCCUUGUUGGUGGUAUGAAUGAAAUUAUACAGAUUUUCUUCGCGCUACUUCUGCAUAAAAUAGUUAUUGGCUUUUCACUUGGAGUUCGUCUUGUGCAGAGUGCUUUAAGUUUUACAACGGCAUUAUUGUGCUCGAUUGUCUUCGCUGCGCAGAUUAUUAUCGGAGGCUUUGGUGGUAUCGCUAUCCUGGAUUUCGUCAGCCGUGGAUCACCACUUACUGCUUGCGUAGUUUCUUUCAUUGCACAAGCAACAGCAUGCGGAACAUUUCUGUACAUAACUUGUUUCGAAAUAUUGCCGCACGAAUUUCAUCAACGUGAACUUCGUAUCGCAAAACUCCUUUCAUUGGUUGCUGGAUUUGCCCUUAUUGCGAGUCUGAUAGCUUUAUUUCCCAAAAGCUAA